AUGGCGAUUCCGAAGCGCGCCCUGUUCCUGUCUUCCUGCGCCCUCACAUUCUUCGCCUCUCGGUACGCGCCGAAUGUCGCCUUCUUCCCACGAAGCUAUUGCUGGAACAUCGCAUCACUUUUCGUGAUCCAGGUGUUUGCGCAAUGGGGAUGGCAGAUCGUUGUGUAUCCGUUGUUCUUGAGCCCGUUGCGUCAUUUACCGCAGCCGCCGAACGGACACAUUUUGCUCGGGCAUUUCAGGAGAAUAUUCAAGGAUCCAACCGGAGAGCCCCAAAGAGAUUGGAUUGACAAUGUGCCAAAUGAUGGCGUGUUGUAUUAUCGAUGGCUUUUCAACGAGCCACGUGUUCUAGUGACGAAUCCAAAAGCCCUGGCAGAAGUACUGGUGCAAAGGAACUACGAAUUCGUGAAGCCGGACAGGCUCCGCAGAGGACUCGCACGACUGCUUGGAGUCGGGAUUUUGCUGGCCGAGGGUGAUGAGCACAAACGCCAGAGAAAAGCACUCAUGCCUGCGUUUGCAUUCCGACAUGUCAAGGACCUCUACCCGAUCUUUUGGAACAAGUCGCUGGAAAUGACGAGCCGAAUGGCUGCGUCAAUCAAGGACAGCACGGAAGCUUCGGACGUGAUUGAGAUCCGCGAGUGGGCUUCGCGUGCAACACUCGACAUCAUCGGCCUAGCUGGCAUGGGCCAGGACUUUGACUCGCUGGCCAAGCCAGAGAACGAAUUGUAUCUGACAUACAAGUCGAUCUUUGCAGGCAAUCGUGGUGCGCAAAUUGUUCAAGUCAUCCUCGGCAUAAUACCAUACUGGCUGGCCAUCGCAUUACCAUUGAAGCAUAACGACGAGAUUGGCAAAGCUGUCAACACUAUCAAGAGCGUGGCCCGCGACCUCAUCGCCGACAAACGUGCCAAAAUCGAGAAAGGCGAGGCGAAACAAAUCGACAUUCUCUCCGUAGCUAUGGAAUCCGGCGGCUUCACUGACGAAGACCUCGUCAACCAGCUUAUGACCUUCCUCGCCGCAGGCCACGAGACCACCGCAUCAGCCCUAUCUUGGGCCGUCUACCUCCUCUGUAAACACCCCGACACGCAAACGAAACUCCGCGAAGAGAUCCGCAGCCAGCUGGAUCUCAACGGCGAAAUCAACUCCACCGAAAUAGACCGCUUGCCCUAUCUCAAUGCAGUUUUGAACGAAACAAUGCGCAUCUUCCCCCCAGUCCCUCUCACUCUCCGCGAAACAGCCCACGAUACCACCAUCCAAGGCCACUUCAUCCCCGCCGCUACGACCAUCGUAAUCUGCCCCUGGGCCGUCAACACUUCGGAGCGCCUCUGGGGCUCCGACGCCAAGGAAUUCAGUCCCGAGCGCUGGCUCGGUGCGGGUCGGGCAAACACCGGCGGCGCGGAGAGCAACUUUGCAGUAACGACUUUCCUACACGGGCCAAGAAGCUGCAUAGGCAAGGAAUUUGCCAAAGCGGAGUUUGCUUGUCUGGUGGCGGCGCUGGUGGGGAAGUUUGAGAUUGAGUUUGAGGAUGGGGAAUGGGAGUUGAAGAUUCAGGGGGGCAUUACGGCGAAGCCGAAGGGCGGGUUGAGGGUUAGGUUGAAGGAGGUGGAGAAGCAAUGA